AUUGUAUGUCUUCGUCGCCUCUCAGUUCUCCGGCAUCUGCUCUCCUCUUCUCUCAUGGCGGCCACGGCAUCGGCGACCGCUAACGCUCUUCCGAAAUCUGGGGCCGUAUCCAAGGGCUACAACUUCGCUUCCACUUGGGAGCAGAAUGCUCCCUUGACGGAGCAGCAGAAAGCCGCGAUCUUGGCGCUGUCCAAUGCAGUCGCGGAGAGGCCCUUCCCUCCUAAUUUGUCUCAGGAGCAGGUUCCAGCAAAGGGUAGUGAUUCAGUAGCUUCUCCUAAUGUUUUAACAUUGGAGGAUUCUGGGGCGAUAGAUGUCGUCUUAGUCAAUACUCAUCAGUUCUACAAAUGGUUUUCAGAUCUUGAAUCAGCUAUGAAGUCAGAGACAGAGGAAAAGUAUCGUCUCUAUGUUAAUACACUGGUGGACCGUGUUCAGAUAUGUGAUGGAAUUCUUCAGCAGGUGGAUGAGACCCUUAAUUUGUUCAAUGAACUUCAGUUGCUUCACCAGACUGUUGCCACAAAGACAAAAACUUUGCAUGAUGCAUGUGAUCGUCUUUUGAUAGAAAAACAAAGACUGAUUGAGUUUGCAGAUGCACUUCGAAGUAAGCUCAAGUACUUUGAUGAAUUGGAGAAUGUUUCUUCCAGUUUCUAUUCUCCAAAUAUGAGUAUCAAUAGCAGAGAGUUUCUUCCUUUACUAAAACGCCUUGAUGAAUGCAUUUCAUUUGUUGAGAGCAAUCCUCAGUAUGCGGAAUCUGGUGUUUACUUGGUCAAAUUUCAACAACUUCAGUCAAGAGCAUUAGGCAUGAUUCGGUCUCAUGUGCUUUCUGUUCUAAAAGGUGCUUCUUCCCAGGUUCAAGCUGCUAUACGUGAUAGUGGUUCAAGCAGAACAACUGUUUCAGAGGGUGUUGAGGCAUCAAUUAUUUAUGUUCGCUUCAAAGCAGCAGCUAGUGAGAUGAAACCCAUCCUAGCUGAAAUUGAGAGUCGAACUAGGAAAGAGUACACCCAAAUUCUUAAAGAAUGCCACAAACUAUACUGUGAGCAGAGGCUUUCCUUGGUGAAAGGUAUUGUGCAACAACGAAUCUCAGAGUUCUCAAAGAAAGAAAAGUUGCCAUCCUUAACUAGGUCUGGAUGUGCAUAUUUAAUGCAGGUUUGUCAGCUUGAGCACCAACUCUUUGAACAUUUCUUUGCAUCAUCUUCGGCUGAUGUCUCGAGUUUGUCUCCUUUAAUAAAUCCUUUGUCCACAUAUCUGUAUGAUACACUGAGACCUAAACUGAUACAUGAAGCAAAUCUUGAUUCACUUUGUGAACUUGUUGAUAUUCUGAAAGUUGAAGUUCUAGGAGAGCAGCUAAGUAGACGUGGUGAGUCACUUGCAGGAUUACGCCCAACAUUGGAAAGGAUACUAGCAGAUAUUCAUGAAAGACUGACAUUUUGUGCUAGAACAUAUAUACGUGAAGAGAUUGCUAAUUACCGUCCUUCUUCCGAUGAACUUGAUUACCCUGCAAAACUAGAGCAAUCUGUUGGUGCAACUUCAAGUGCUAGUGUUGACGAUAACUCAGAUGUUUUCAAGACUUGCUAUCAGCCACUGGAAAAAACAGUGUCAUGCCUCUCAAAGUUAUACCAUUGCUUGGAGCCCAUUGUAUUUACUGGUCUAGCUCAGGAAGCUGUGGAGUUUUGUUCCAUAUCUAUUCAGAAUGCCAGCAAAUUGGUAACAAAGAGGUCAUCCACAAUGGAUGGACAACUUUUUCUUAUCAAGCACCUCCUUAUCUUGAGGGAACAGAUAGCACCAUUUGACAUUGAGUUUUCUGUAACUCACAAGGAGCUGGAUUUUUCUCAUUUAUUGGAGCAUCUGAGGAGGAUUCUCAGAGGUCAGUCCUCACUAUUUGAUUGGUCGAUGUCAUCUUCCUUAGCUAGAACCUUCUCACCUCGGGUUCUUGAGAGUCAGAUAGAUGCAAAGAAGGAACUCGAGAAAAGCCUUAAAGCUACUUGUGAAGAAUUUAUAAUGGCUACUACAAAGUUAGUGGUAGAUCCCAUGCUGUCAUUUGUUGCAAAGGUUACUGCAGUCAAAGUUGCAAUAUCCUCAGGAAAUCAAGGGCAGAAGUUGGAUCCUGUUCUAGCAAAACCACUUAAGAGUCAAGCAUUUGCUACUCCUGACAAAGUUUCUGAGUUAGUUCAGAAGGUUGCGACUGCUAUUCAGAAAGACUUGCCUCAAGUAAUGACAAAAAUGAAGCUAUAUCUGCAAAACCCAUCAACUAGAAUGAUUUUAUUUAAACCCAUCAAGACAAAUAUAGUUGAAGCUCAUUUGCAGCUGCAGACGCUGAUAAAAUCUGAAUAUCUGGCGGAAGAAAUUGAAAGUCUCGGGAUGGUCGCAAUACAAGAUCUUCAAGCUCAACUCGACAGUCUUCUUUAAGUUCAGCAAUGGUUUGGCUUUCUGAGGUUAAUAAUUCCAAGCAGACAAAAGAUUGAACGAAUCCGAUUCUGAGGUGCGGUUCCAAUUCCAUUGCAUGAUCGAGUGAUGCAUCAGUUCUAGGAAACUGCUGCAAGGGAAUAUAUGAAUUUUUUUUAGCCGUUCAAGCAUGUAUUAAUGUUCUUGUGUUAGUUCAACUUUUUGUUACGAGAUAUGAUUCUUCUAAUGAAUUCGUUGGUUUUACCACUAUUAAAUGAAACUUGAAACUUGGUAGUACUUUAUCAUGUGCUUA